AUGUCGUCGCUGCACUCUUCUCUGGAUGCCCAUGGGAAAUGUCCAAGGAAUAAUGAUCGUGACACGGACUCUAUCGCCGAGACUGUCUCUUCGGUAGACACCGAAGCGGAUCAGGAUGGGCUGGACAAGGUAUUGACAGCGCGUGCCUCACGAACCUCCCAUAUGUCGCUAUCAGAACGUGUGACUACAAUCGCAACUAAUGCGACCUCGGAUCCGAACUAUGAAGUCGAUUGGGAUUCAGAAGAUGACCCCGAGAACCCGAAGAAUUGGAGCAUAGGCUAUAAGGCCAUGGGGAUCUUCUUUUUGGCAUGGAACACUCUCCUUGUCGUGCUAUAUUCGACAUCUUAUACCUCGGCGACCACACAAAUCGGUGAAGAGUUCGGAAAGUCCGAGACGGUCGUGACUCUGGGAUUGACAUUUUAUCUGAUCGGUUUGGCCAUCGGAUCCAUGUUCAUGGCCCCAUUGAGUGAAGUCUAUGGCCGGAAACCAGUCUGCGUGAUUUGCAUGAUUGUCUUUACCGCGAUGAUCAUUCCCUGUGCCCUCGCCAAGUCGGUGACGACGUUGAUUGUUGUUCGCUUUAUUGGUGCGCUCUUUGGUAGUGUCAUGAUAUCCACGGCACCGGGCAUGGUAGCUGAUAUCGUGGACGAUGAGCACCGCGCGUUGGCAAUUUCAAUCUGGAGUAUAGGACCUCUUAACGGACCAGUCAUUGGUCCGGUGAUCGGAGGAUUCGUCACCCAAUAUCUCGGCUGGCGAUGGAUGUGUUGGAUCGUGCUAAUCCUCUCUGGCGUAGCCCUGGUGUUCGCUAUAAUUCUAAAGGAGACAUACGGUCCAACCCUCCUACAGAAAAAGGCCGCUAAACUGCGCAAGGAGACCGGUGAUUCCCGCUGGUGGUCUCGCUAUGACCGCAAGGAUAGUUUAACCGAGAUCCUAAAGCUGAACCUCAGCCGUCCAUUCGUGAUGGCUGUUACCGAACCGAUCUGCAUCUUCUGGGAUAUCUACGUCGCCAUCGUCUACGGUAUUCUUUACCUCUGCUUCGUCGCCUACCCCAUAGUCUUCCAGGAAAUCCGUGGCUGGUCCCUCGGUCUAUCCGGCCUCUCUUUCCUCGGCAUCGGAAUCGGAGUUGUACUCACAAUUGGCUGUGAGCCUCUCGUCCGUCGCUUGAUUAACAAGCACGAAAUCGAUCCCGAGACUGGUAAAGUCCCACCCGAAGCCAUGGUCUCUUUUAUUUGCAUCUGCUCUAUCCUCAUUCCAAUUGGUGAGCUUUGGUUCGCCUGGACCUGUUCCCCAGCAUCCAUCCCCUGGAUUGUGCCUUUGCUUGCCGGUAUUCCCUUCGGAGCGGGUAACACCGGUGUCUUCAUUUAUGCCUCCAACUAUCUCACCGGCAGCUAUGGAAUGUACGCGGCGUCUGCCUUGGCGGGUAACUCGGUUGUUCGGAGUAUUCUUGGUGGAGUACUCCCGCUUGCUGGAUCCUAUAUGUAUGACAGCCUUGGUCCGCAUUGGUCAGGUACUCUUCUGGGAUUGCUGGAAGUGAUGAUCAUCCCGAUUCCGUUUGUGUUUUAUAAGUAUGGACACAAGAUCAGACAGAAGAGCACGAUGAUCAUGCGCAUGCAGGAGGAGAAGAAGAAGUUGGAUGGUAAGAGGGCGAGGAGAGUGGCGCAGUUGGCUGUUGUUGCUGAGGAAAAGACUGAGACAGUCUAG